GGACUUUUUUUGUUAAUAGUCUUUUUAGAGAGAGAGAGAGACCUUCGGGUGGCGCUUCGGGAAGAACAAAACCGGCCGGCGACUGCGAGUACUAACCGAAAGCACAAUUGAAAAACCCCAAAGAACCGAAAAAAGUUUCAAAAUUUGAAAUUGUUGGAGCAAUUAAUCCAAAACCCAUCAAUGCCUCAACAAUUCCAAAGCUCUUGCUCUCAUAUAUGAAUGUAUAUGUGUGUUUUUAUUGCCACAGCUUCAAAGGCCAACAGUUGAUAGAGAUCUCCAUUCUUUUUCAGUAUGGAUACAUUGGUUAAAAAUAUGCGUGUUCCUGGAAAGAAAUCAUCCUUUAAGGAGUACGGGAAACCCGGUUAUUCCGGUUCUCUGGCAAACCUGAUUUCGUCGCCAAAAGUUAAAAAAGGUGGAAAAGUUCCACAUGUUAAAAAACUAAAAUCAAAGUCGUCCAAGACCAUUGUUGCUUCAGCCUUGUCAAAGAAGAGAGGUGCCAACUCUUCAAGCAAUGCGUCAAGGAAUUAUGAUGCUUACAAUAAAUUGCUGAGUAGAAAAGGAUUUCGUAAAGAGCAUGAUACAGAUUCUUCCAAAAAUCCGUCUGCUGUGAAACUUCAACACAACAAGUUAUCAGAGAACGGCUCUGAUGAGAAAGGAGAAAAAAGGAGGAGAAAGAAGAAACCGAAAAAGGAUAAGGUGGAGUUGGAUGAAACUUCUCGCUUGCAGAGGAGGACAAGGUACCUUUUGAUUAAAAUAAAACUGGAGCAGAACCUUAUUGACGCUUAUGCCGGUGAAGGUUGGAAAGGUCAGAGUCGAGAAAAGAUUAGGCCUGAAAUGGAACUACAGAGAGCCAAUAAACAGAUUUUAAAUUGCAAGCUUGGAAUCCGUGAUGCAAUUCAUCAACUGGAUUCUCUGAGCUCAGUAGGAAGCAUUGCAGAUUCUUUUAUUUCUCCAGAUGGAUCUGUUUCUCAUGAACAUAUAUUCUGUGCAAAGUGCAAGUUGAACGAAGCUUUCCCUGAUAAUGAUAUUAUACUAUGUGAUGGGACAUGCAAUUGUGCAUUCCACCAAAAAUGUCUUGAUCCUCCCUUGGAUACUGAAAAUAUUCCUCGAGGAGAGCAAGGUUGGUUUUGCAAAUUUUGUGAGUGUAAAAUGGAAAUACUAGAAUUAGUAAAUGCUCAUCUGGGGACCUGCUUUCCCAUGAACAGUGGUUGGCAGGAUGUCUUCAAGGAAGAAGCUGCUUUCCCCCAUGGCAAGAAUUCCUUAUUAAAUCCAGAUGAAGAAUGGCCUUCCGAUGAUUCUGAAGAUGAUGAUUAUAAUCCAGAGAGGAACGAGAACAGCUGCAGCAGGGGAGGCAGCAAUGACAUUGCAUCAGAAGAGGAAUUUUCAACUGAUGUCAGUGUAGGUUCUGAUGUAUCUACCGACGGGGAAAUUGUUUCCGGCCGCAGACAGAAAAGAAGUGUUGAUUAUAAGAAGUUAUAUGAUGAAAUGUUUGGAAAAGAUGGUCCUUUGCUUGAACAAAUUAGUGAUGAUGAAGACUGGGGUCCCAGUAAAAGAAAGCGGAGAGGAAAAGAAUCUGAUGCAGCCAGCACUCUUAUGACUCUCUAUGAAAGUGAAAGAAAUCCAGAUGUUGACCGUACAGAAAAGAAAUCCAGCCAACACUCUUCAGAUACGCAAGUUAGAAGGUCAUGUUUCCGAAUUCCUCGAAAUGCAGUAGAGAAGCUCCGCCAAGUGUUUUCUGAGAAUGAACUUCCUUCUAGAACUGUCAAGGAUAAUCUUUCAAAAGAAUUGGGCCUUAAUCCUGAGAAGGUUAGUAAAUGGUUCAAGAACGCACGUUACUUAGCCCUGAAAACCAGAAAGGGAGCGAGUGAUAAAGACCUUGACACUUUUACUCCUGGAAUCUCCAAUGAACCGGGAUAUGAAAAUGUGACUGGAAAAGCUGCUGAUCUCAUGGCAUCAGAUUCAGAUGAUGAUACCUUAGCUGAAACUGUGGUCCAUUCGCCAAAGAAUGUUAAGGCCUUCCGGAGAAAGCAUCCAAAAUCACUAAGCAGCCCCUUGAGGAAGAGUCAACAGAAAGGUCCUUCGUGUGGGUCAUGUGCAAAGAGCAACGAGGUCUUUGUCCUUCAGAAUAAGGAUGGAAAAGAGUUGAGUGAUGAUGUGAGCUUGAAGAAGCUUAGGAAUACACGAACAAAGGAGAAGAGGGCCAACCUUAUCGCUGGAGGAGGUGAAGAUGGAUGUCGAGUUGCAGAGCUGGAAAUGGAGAGACUAUGUAAAGCCAAAGGUAGGCUAGAAUACGUGAGACAGAAAUUAUUGAAAUUUCAAACCGUGAAGGCAAAGCAGAAUUCAAAUAUAUCUCGAUUGCAUGAACAGCCUGUGAUUUAUGUUCCAAUAGCAGAACUAAAGGAAAAGGUUUGAUAAUUUGACAAUUUUCUGAAUGAAAUAUAGCAUUUUUUUGUAUCA